AUGAGCGACGGGAAAGUUGUUCUCAUUGAUUUCAAAGAACAUGAGAGGAUGCAGUUCGGAGCGAUGUUAGUGAGUUCUGAGACGCUGGAUAUUAUUGUAGAGAUGGCGUUUUAUAUUGAUCCCAGAGAAAUCGAAAAGCUUCUGAAACGACCACGUGAUCCACCUAAACGCGAUAGUUACUUCAAGAAGAUCCACGACAUGCUCAACAACCAAAUAUGGAUUGGACAUGACAUAAUCAAACGAGACAUCCCAGGUUUGCUAGCUUUAUUCAAGAAAGUUGGCGCAAAAUUCCCUACGCCCAAAUCUGUAAUAGAUACAGUUCUCUUCACCUCGUCCAACACGAGUCGAGCCAAACUUGCGGUACACUUUGGCCUAGGUGAAGAUAAGGGAGCUUUGUGA